AUGGGCAACGACAUCGAGGAACAGCCCCAGGUGGGCGAGAAAGAGUCCAUCCAGCCCCCUAAUCCAACCAUCGACAAUGCAAAAGGCGAGGUGGCGCCAAUACAAACCAACAAACUCGCCCGAAGGCUGUCUGCGCGGCAAGUCUCCAUGAUUGCCAUUGGAGGCACAAUCGGCACGGGUCUGUUCCUGGGUACCGGCAAGAGUCUGGCUACCGGUGGCCCUGCAUCGAUGUUGCUAUCGUAUGUGAUUUGUGGCGGCAUUAUAUUCGUCACCAUGCUUUGCUUGGGCGAGAUGUCGGCGUUUAUCCCGGUCUCUGGAUCGUUUUGUUCGUAUGCAGGGCGAUCUGUAGAUGAUGCUCUUGCGUUUGCGCUUACCUGGAACUACUGGUUCAAUGAUGCAGUGACGACGGCCUCAGAUACGCUGGCCUUGCAGCUCUUGAUGGAGUUCUGGACGGACAAUUGUCCAGGCUGGGCGAUCAGCCUUAUUUUUCUUCUCCUUCUAAUCGGCUUCAAUCUGUUCUCCGUCCGUGUGUAUGGCGAGAUUCAAUACUGGUUGAGCCUGCUGAAGAUCGUUGCGAUUUUUGCUUUCAUUUUGGUGGGAAUUGCCGUCAACUGCGGCGCCAACACUGAGCACAAAUACAUAGGAGACAAAUACUGGCACCUCGGCGAGGCCCCGUUUGUCGGUGGCAUCGGUGGUUUCGCCUCAGUCUUUGUGACCGCUUCAUUUGCAUACGGUGGAACCGAAUCCAUCGCCGUCACAGCCGGCGAAACCAAAGACGCUGCAAAAGUGAUCCCCCGCGUCGUCAAAAACGUCUUCUGGCGCAUCCUGCUUUUCUACGUCUUGUCGAUCAUCAUCGUCGGAUUCGACGUGCCCUACAACUACCCCAACCUAGACGAAAAGACGUCAAGGACCAGUCCGUUCACCGUGGUCUUCGACAAAGUCGGGAGCAGCGUUGCGGGGAGCUUCAUGAAUGCUGUGAUUUUCACGAGUGCACUCUCCGCCGCUAACCACGCGUUGUUCGUUGGUUCGAGACUGCUGUAUACGCUGGCCCUGGAGGGACAUGCCCCUCGGGUCUUUGCAAGACUGAACCGGUUUCAGAUACCCUGGCUUGCGGUGCUGGGGACAUCUGUUAUCAGUGGGCUAUGCUUUGGGGCGAGUUAUAUCGGGGCUGGUCAGUUCAUCGUUGGCGUAUCCAACCAAGUCUCCUGGGCAAUAAUCGGCAUCACCUCGCUCCGUUUCCGCGCAGCAGUCCGCAAGCAAAACCUCGAACACCUACUCCCCUUCAAAAACUGGACAUACCCAUACGGCCCGAUUCUCACGAUCAUACUGAACAUUGUCCUCAUCCUAGUGCAGGGCUGGACGUGCUUCAGCCCCGUGUUCAAGGCUGUGGAUUUCCUGUCGUUCUAUGUCCAGAUUCCGAUCCUGUUUGCUAUGCUGCUGGGUUGGAAGCUGUAUAAGAAUACGAAGAUUGUGCGGCUGGGACAGAUGGAUUUGGUUACGGAUCGGUAUGAUUUGGUUGAUGAUGGUGUUGAUUGGCAGGGGAGGGAAGAAGGAGUUGAGGAGCGGGACGGCCAUGGAAAUCGGAAGAAAUGGAUGCAGAGAGCGAAGAAGUAUGUGGGCUAUGUGUUUUGA